AUGUCUGAGACUGAGAUUCGCGAUGCCCGUCGGCCCUCUCAGGCCGAGAAUCAGACCAUUCUCAAAUCUGAGAUCCCGUUGAAAGAGCGCUUUUUCCGUUACUUUCAACAUGAGAUCACUGCUCUGCAAGAACAGAUGGACCGUCUCGCGGAUACCUCUCUUGUGGGAGAACGGACGGAUGCGACCGACCACUGCCUAGCUGGUAUUGCCCGAUUGUCCAACGAAGUCAAGGAUGCCGCGAGCUAUAUCCCCACAUAUGACCAGCGGAUAUAUGCGGAAGCUAUCAAAGCCCUGCAGGAUAAGCUGGUUGAGACUCGGGCGACGGUCGAGCCGCGUCCGAAGUUCAGCUUCAAGAACAAAAAGAAUGCCUCGGCAAUUUCCUUGUCUGAUGCGGCCAACAUAGUCUACCACGGUCGGAGUAUGCCUGGAUACCUUUCGCCGGGGACAUCCUCCGUGGACUCAUCCGCCGCCCAGACACCCAACUAUCCCUCCACACCCUUGAAUGAGCCGGAUCGCAUGCUGCAGCCGAGAGCAGAGAUCGCCCCAACUUCUUUCCCAGCCAUCCCGACGAUCGACGUAGAGGACGGUGAAGAUAAGUCGAAAAGGGCGAAGGGCAAGGCCUUCGCGGCCACUGCUGUGUCGUCUGUGUCCGUGAACAACCAUGUUGGGCUCCAUAUCAUGCUUCCGUCCUCCGGCUCGACGGCUACGGUGCCGGCCUCCAUCACGUCCUUGCGGCAUUGCGUCGUGGACAUGUCCAUCCCAACUGCCAACGGCAAACCCUACGCCAGUUUAACGAUCAAGGGCGUCAAGGAGAGCCUGCUCGUUUGCGGACAGAUUAAUGGUCCCGCCCACAUCACCGAUGUAGAGAACAGUACCAUCGUAGUUACCUGCCGACAAUUCCGCAUGCACAACUGUUCCAACGUUGAUGUCUACCUGAGCGCAUCCAGCAACCCGAUUAUCGAGGACUGCACAAAUAUUCGAUUUGCGCAGAUACCGAGAGUAUACGCUUUGGACCACGACCACCCAGACAGUGAAGACCGCUGGAGCCAGGUGGAAGAUUUCAAAUGGAUCAAGUCAGAACCCAGCCCUAAUUGGAGUUUGAUUCCUCGUGAGAGCGCGGUCCCCGAGGAAGUAUGGGCUGAAAUCGUCCCUGGUGGCCCCGGAUGGUCCCUCGACGACAUUUUACGCGCGAUCAAUAUUACCAACUAG